AUGCGUAAGGGAGAGAUCGGCAACAUUCGGUCUCAGAAGUCUUUCCUCCAGCCGGUGAACGCACCCUCUUUCAAGGGAGGGAAAUCGACGAGUCCGAUUUCCGAGAUUUCAACCAGGCACAAUGGAUUCCGAUCUCCAAGGAACGGGCACUCGGAGAUUGAAUAUGACAAGAGCGAUGAGGAAGACUAUCAACGUCCCAAUUACGAAGUAGGAAAACCGAGAAAAUUAGCUGUGGAAGACGACGAAGACUACAUCAAAACCAGGGCCCCUACUCGAGCCGGUUUUUACCCAGAAACGCGACGAAAUUCCUCAGCCGGAAUUGGGAACCGAAGGGGGAAGAUUUCCAAGGGGGAUCAAAAUCUAUUCAGGUCCUCCAGCUACGACCCUAUCAAACUCAGACGCUCGCAAAAUCCAAGGAAAGUGAAGGUCGUCACCUUCUACAAGAACGGGGACUCGAACUUCAUGGGCUUCCAGUUCUGGCUCCGGCCGGGCCGAGACGCGAGGAACCUGGAUGUUCUGUGCAGGCAACUGUCGGCGCGGAUCCCAGGCCUCCCAUUGGGAGUGAGGUACAUUUUCAACAUGGACGGGGAUGUUAUUCGAAGACUAGAAGAAAUCCAAGAUGGGGGAACCUACGUCUGCUCGUCGGAUGGAAAUUUUAAGGAGCAGGUAUACGGAAUGAAACUGCUGUCCUCCUGGCGGAAGGUGGCCAAGUCACGGCCCAAAACGGUCAAACGCUAUCAGGCAUUCACUCCCGCUGUCCUUACACCCAUCCACCCUGAUGGCCAUACAUCCAUCCACUCCGAUGGCCAUUCCCCCUUCCAACCCGAUGACCAUUCCCCCUUCCCCGCCUUCAACCCCAACAGAAAGAAACGGGACUCCCGAGGUGGCAAGCGGAUUUGGGUCGUCAACAUCGACGACCACGACUCCAAGGGCGAUUGCCUGUUGAGCAAGAAGAUGGAGAGCUUCGAAGAUGUCCUGAAAAUUCUCGGUCACGUACUCAAGAUGCGCAAGGUCAAGGCCAUGUACACCCUCAACGGCGAAGAGGUGAGGAGCCUCUCUCAACUGAGCCAUUACUAUGACAACACCGAGCAAGACACCUUCUUCCUGGAAGAAGCGAAAGAUUCCUCUCUUGGGUCAAUGAAGCAGAGAAAUCGCAGUUUCGACAGGGACUCUAAUCCUUCCCCCUCCCUCCCUUCAAGCAAGGGAACCACAGACGUCCAAGCUUGGAGGAAAGACGCAGUGACGGUGACGAUUCGAGGCCAGGACCAUGUCAUCGCGAAGCCCUCGCAUGUCCCGCCCUCUAAUGCAUCGGCCCCUGAAAAGCAACUUCGUCUCGACUGGGUGUAUCCUUUUCGCGCAGAUGCCUAUUUCCAGACUUUCAAGUUGGAAGUUAAUGUAUAUGGAUUCCAAGGCGCCGACACUAAGCGGAAUCUGUGGGUCCUGCCGACGGGGGAACUCCUUUACUUCGUGGCGACGGUGGUGGUCAUGUACGACGUGCAACGGCGCGACAGGCACGACGACAAGCAGCGCCACUACACGGAGCACACCGAAGACGUCACCUGCCUGGCGGUGCAUCCGGGGAACGAGCUGGCCGCAUCCGGACAGAAGGAGGGGUGGACGCAGGACGGGAAGGACCCCGGCCCCCACAUCCGGAUCUGGUCCCUGGCCACGCUGACCACCCUGCGGACGCUGACCGCCCGGAAAACCUUCAGCGACUCGGUCUGGAUCGGCGUGGGCGCCCUCGCCUUCUCCGCUCAGGACGGAGGGAAGCACUUGGCGGGGGUGAUGGCGGGGGAAGUGCAGGAACUCCUCGUCUGGGACUGGAACGUGAAACCGAAGGAAGCAGUCGCCAGGGCACAGGCGGACCAGGGCGACAUCCUCGGAGUGGCCUUCCACCCGGCGGAGGACCUGCUCAUCUCGCACGGAAACGCCUUGUCAGCGUGGAUGGAGCGCGGAUCCGCCAUGCUCGAAAGGGACGAUCUCGUGGAAGAGGCUCACGAAGGUCCUGUGAGUACACUUCUGUUUUCACCCAUUGGCUCACUGUAUUCUGGAGGGGAAGAAGACCGAAGAGUUGUUUCAUGGGACAGCGAUACAUUCCAACAACUCGAAGCCGUCAAGUUGCCGGAGAUAGUCGGAGGGGUGCGAGCGAUCCAAGCAGGUAGAAGCAGAGUGGGGUCGCACGAGGAGCUGUUUGUGGGAACGACCAAGAACCUGGUUCUCCAAGGAACACUCGAGACCACAUUCCAGCCGGUGGUGUUCGGCCACGCGAGCCAACUGUGGGCCCUGGCCGUGCAUCCCAGCCAGCCUGUCUUCGCCACCGCUGGCUACGACCGCAACAUCGUCAAGUGGAGGGCGCACGAGCCCGAGUGGAGGGUUCAUUCUGAGUGUUCGUGCGCGGCGUGGAACGAGGACGGGAGCCUCUUGGCUGUGGGUUCCAUCACGGGCCACGUCACUGUCCUACGAGGAGAGGACGGGAGACUUGUCGAUACGUUCGUUGGCGGAGGUUCUCAUGUCACUUGUGCCAGCUUUUCCCCCGAUGGAAGUCAGCUGAGCCUGGGCGUCGGGACGGGGAACGUGUACAUUUACAGAGUGGACAGGGCUGGAAAUGCCUUUCGGCGAGGGACCGUCCUCAACGUGUUAAAGGAAUCUUUAACAUGGGAACAGAGUCUUCCAUGUCUUGCAAGAUAG